CGACUUCCGUUCUCCCCAGUCUGGAGAGCUUGACCCUCCUCCAACAGCACAAGAAGCACUUUGUCUCGGCAGAGAGAGGGGUGUUGACAGGAGAAAGAGGGGGGAGGUGAGGGAGACUGAAUUGGACUGGCCCGGUUCACUCGCACCGGAGACCCUGCGGCAGGACGAGGACAGCGGAGGCCCUUGAGGAGGAGAGGGAUAGGAGAGGACAGGAGAAGGAGGAUCAAGGUGGACAACGGAGACGGGAGACCACUUUUGGACUGGGAUGCAGCGGGACACCGGGCGGGGAGGGGGCCCGCAUGAUUCCCUACAAUCCGCAGGCUGUAAUGAUGGUGGUGAUGCGCCGAGAGCAGAGCGGCGGUUUCCUGCAGAGCCCGACACACUGCUGCACCAUAAACCCGCAACCGAACUGCAGGGAUAGACGCCUCUGCUUCUCUUUAUCAGAGCUUUACCAAACAAAACCGGAUUUCAACACCGAUGCUUGAGCCAAACAACCGGACAACAGUCUACCUUUGCAGCUCCAUUCAUACUCCACCCCUCCUGUGGGAUGAGACGGGGGACUGCGGCGGACGCAGAUACCAGCUUUGAACCGAGCCCGCUUUUUAUUGCACCGCUACCGGUUUCAGUGUGCAUGCACCGGUUGUUUUGAGCAACAGACAAGUGGGGGGGGGGGAGCAAAGAUGUUGGUGCGAUGCUACCGGUGCAAGCUGUCGGUGUGGGCCGCUCUGUGCGUGCUGGUGCUCUGCUGGUUUUAUAUUUUCCCAGUCUACAGACUCCCACGCGAUAAAGAAAUAGUAGAAGAGGUGCUGAGGCAGGGGGACGUGUGGCAGAAGAACCAGACCGGCAUCGAUUUGUACAGGAAGUUGCUGACAGAAUGCUGCGAUCCGAAGAGGAUGUUCGCGGUGACCAAGGAGAACUCCCCGAUGGGCAAGGUCCUAUGGUACGAUGGCGAGUUCUACCACUCGCACACAGUCAACAAUGACACCUACCCGCUCUUUGUACAGGACAACCCUCUGCAGCUGCCUUUGAAGAAAUGUGCGGUGGUGGGUAACGGCGGCAUCCUCAGGCACAGCAAAUGCGGACGGGACAUUGACCAGGCCGACUUCGUCAUGCGGUGUAACCUUCCACCACUUUCAAAGGAAUAUGUGGAGGAUGUGGGAACCAGAACACAUCUGGUGACAGCCAACCCCAGCAUCAUAGAGAAAAGGUUUCAGAACCUUCUGUUGUCGAGAAAAGCUUUUGUGGAAAGUAUGAAGGUCUACGGCUCAAGCUACAUCUACAUGCCAGCGUUCUCCAUGAAGCCUGGCACCGACCCGUCACUGCGGGCGCAUUACGCCCUGGCAGAUACCUCCUCCAACCUCACCGUGCUCUUUGCCAACCCAGAGUUCCUGCGCACUGUGGGAAAAUUCUGGAAGGCCCGCGGCGUGCACGCCAAACGCCUCUCCACGGGGCUCUUCCUGGUCAGCUUGGCCUUGGGGCUGUGCGAGGAGGUGACGGCCUACGGCUUCUGGCCGUUUUCCGUCGGCCUGGAUGAGCAGCCAGUCAGCCACCAUUACUACGACAACAUCCUGCCCUACAAGUGGUUCCAUGCCAUGCCCGAGGAGUUUGUCAAGCUUUGGCACCUGCACAAAAGCGGCACGCUCCGCAUGAGGGUGGGACACUGCCCCCCUCAGGAGAGAGGGAGUUAGAGCAUUUUGACGAGCGUCAGCAGUCAGUUGAAGCUUAGCGGGUUACAGGAAGCAGGUGAAGACUUAUGGGUUGCUAUCCGACAGGACAUUGAUGUCAUGACACACAUGCUUGCACAUGCACAUGAGCAUAUUUCCUCUGAGGAACCCCCGGCACUGCAUCUGUGUCCGUUCACUGCUCCCCCCCGUUAAUCCCUCAAUAUCAUGAGAAUGUCCUCCACCCAGACCAGCAGCAUCAGGGACAGAAUGCACAUCACCACAUGCAGGCAUACGCACAAUGUAAAAUAUCCAUACAUUCCCAAAACUUGCCAUAUCUUUACCCCUGGUUUCUGAAAUUGUGUGUGUGGUUGCACGGCUGUGUGUUUUUUAUGGAAAGCCUCAGCUGGGACUAAUAAAGGUGAACAUGUCUGGGGUUGGAUGGGUGUGGGAUGUUUUUUUUUUUGUAUGCUGACUACUGUAUCUGACUGACAUAUGGGGCAGCUGGACCAAACCCCCCUCUGGGUCUUUGUUAAACAGAGACAGAAGGCGUGGAGGACCAGGGGGAAUAAUAAAACGCUCUGAAAGACUGGCGAAAUGCAAGGAACAAGGGAGAGAUAAUGGUGUCCUGGUACCUAGCUUGAAUAGGACUGAAAUUUAAAGGAGCACAAAAAAAGGAUGGCGGGGGAGAAAGAGUGAAAGCUGGCUGGUGUGUGUAUGAAAGGAUUUUUUUUCUCUUUCACUUUUCUUCAACCGAGCGCUUGAUUGGCAUUCUCCAGUGCCAAAUAGAGCUUUAGUUCAAAGCAGGAGCCAUUAGAAAUGGAGUCUUAACUACUAUAUCCCCUAGAAUGUUUAACCAAGUUGCAACUUAGCCCUUCACUGAAAAGGGAAAAUGAGUACACAGUGGUUACCGCAUAUUGUUUUUGUUUGCCAAAUGUGAUUCUCGGGAUCAAUGUGAAUUCUUUUUUUUUUUUAGGUUCUUCAGUGGCUAUGAAGAGAAGGGAGAAAACAUUAUCAACAUAUAUUAUCAGAAAUCAACAUUUGCUGCAAAAAAACAUCACACAUAGGUACCUCAGCUCUAAGAAGACAUCAUAACUGACUAAAAACUAACAAUUCAAUCACAAGCAGGCACCUUAAAUUCACGUCCUUAGAGGGGCUGCUGUAAGUCUUGUAACCAUACUAAACUUGCCAGGUGCCAAGCCAAGGGAACAGUGGUCUCUUUGAUACACAGUCUUGCACUGUCCUUGCGCUCUCUAAUGGCGAGACACUGCUUGAAAGGGAGGUAGUAGUGAUAGAAAAAGACUCAGUGUCACAGAGUGGCAUUUUAAUGGUUGACAGUAAACCUUAUUUUUUUCUUUUUUUUUAGAUGUUGGACAUUUCAUAGGGUAAAUUGUGAUUAUUCAUGCCAUUAUUAUUAUGCUGUUGUUAUUAUUAUUUUGCAUCUGCAAACAGAAGGAAUGGAGCAUCUGUCCUGCGUUCCUUUUUGUAUAUUUUUUUUGACAUUUUUUUGGGCACAAGGGAAAAAUAAGAUGCUCAUGUACAAGCCAACAUGAUGAUGAUGACAGAUGUGGUUGUUUGGUACUUGCAGCUGGAAAAUGACGAACUUGAUUGAACUUGUUUUGUUUUUGUAUUAAAAAAAAAAAAAAAAAAAAAAAAAGUCAUUUAAGAGUGAUAAAUGUGACCGUGCCAUAUUGUCAAUACUACAACAAAGGAUGAUGCUGCAUGGAAAGUGCAUGGAGUGUAUCACAAUCUUAAAAUACUCCUCAGAAUCAUGGUACAGAAGCUGUUAAGUUACUGCUUUAUGCUUUAUCCACUCCAUGUCUGUCAAGCUGAAUAAGGUCCAGUGCCUUUGAGAUGUGUUAAGGCAAAAAGAAUCAUUGAAACAAGUGAUAUUUCUAAUGCUGAUCAUCCUCCCAUCUGUGUUUGAUUUUUCUUGACUAACCUUGGCUCUGUGGAUCAGUUGGACAGUAUGUGAUAUAUAAGUGAAAUGCACGUGAGUCCAAAUGCACAUGUGGCUCUUUCUAAACUGGAAACUGAACAUGACGAACACUUUGACCAAUGUGUUAUACUUAUUGUGACGUUUCUUAUUUGCACCUUUUUUUUCUUUGCUUCUCCUGCCCAGUAUUGUGAAUGAAUGAGAUGUGAAAUAAGUGAAUUUAGGAAGCAUGAUGAUUUUUAAUGUGCUUUUGGUACACUCUGAGUUUCAACCUCAGCUGAUUUUUUUUAAUUUUUAUUAAUCUAUUUCCAUUAUGUUCUGAUUCAUGUCCUCAUUCCAUCCUCUGUCUGAGUGAUAAAGCUGAUAUAUCUUAAUGAAAAGGAGAUCAAUCAGUGAUGUGAAUAUCGGUCUUUAAGCAUAUUGACCAACUAGUUUUAGAUCUCCAGUCAUUCUUGAAAAUUAUACUUUUUAAAAAGCUAACACUGAACUCAGCAGGUCCAAAUAAAUUGCAGCUGUUGUUACCGGAAAACAUGUAAAUCUUUGGCACUGUGCUCUUCCUGCUAUAAUAUGCUCUGCUUACACUCAUAUAUCUUGUGCAACUUCUAAGUAAACAUUUAAAACAUUGA